AUGAGCUUCGGCUUCGGGAUCGGUGAUUUUCUAGUCGUUCUCAAGCUAGCGAAAGAGCUGAAAGACCGCUUUGCGCAAGCUCCAAAGGAGUAUAAGGGGAUAUAUCAAGAGGUCGAGUCCAUAUCGAUCGUGCUACAUCGCAUCGAGGACCUUGACGAAGAUGACUUCGAGGAAGAACAAAUCGAGGAGAUGGAAAGGCUCCUUCAAAACUGCCAAGAUCUUCUGUCCGAGCUUAGUCUAAAACUGGACAAGCUUCAAGUAUUGUCGAACGAUUCAAGUCCGCACUGGAAACAGAAGGUUCGGCGGGCUUGGAAAAGGAUCACAUGGGAUCAGAAGGAAAUUAAUGAGUAUCGAUCACGUAUCGUCUCCAAUAUAACCUUGUUCAAUCUUUUGGUUGGAAGUAUCAAUCAAAGCCUGACUGUGGAGAUCGCCAAUGGCAUCAGAGCACUCUCUUUCAAGCAAGAUGUCUUCAUCCAAAGGCAGGAGCAAAAGGAGGAGGAUCAUGAAAGGGACAAGAUUCUUUCCUGGAUCAGCCCAGCCAGUCUCGCAGCAAGACAAAGCGAAGUAUUCAAGUCUCGCCAAGAAGGCACAGGGAGAUGGUUAUUGAAAACUGAAGAGUUCACGCACUGGUUAUCUCAAGAGAAACAGAUUCUACUCUGUACAGGUAUUCCAGGUGCUGGCAAAACAGUGCUUGUGUCCGUGAUCAUUGAUUAUCUGGAGACUACCUUUUCAGGACAAGAGGAUAUCGGGAUAGCAUACUAUUUCUGUGACUUUCGUCAGGAACAAUCACUUUUUGGGAUGUACUCGGCUAUUCUCAGACAAUUGUUGCAAGGAAAAGCAUCCAUCCCUGAGCAUGUCGUCUCGCUGCAUCAAAAACAUAAUCAGAGGGGAACUCUCCCUUCGAUCAACGAUAUUAUCGAAGCAUUAAUAGUCACGAUGUCGAGAUAUCGAAGGAGCUUCAUCAUUUUGGAUGCACUUGACGAGUGCCCACUAUCUGAUUCUCUAGGCAGCGUGAGAUACGCGUUUCUUCGCCAAAUCCUCAGCCUACCGAAUGAGCAUGAUGUUAGUCUUCUUGCUACAUCCCGGAUUGAUCAAGAGAUUAUAGCUUUGUUCGAAGGCGGUACAUCUAUGGAGGUACAAGCUACAAGGGAAGAUAUUCAACAAUACAUUGAUGUUCGGUUGAACGAUCUUCGACCCUUUGUCCAUCGCAAACCCGAACUGAAGCAGUGCAUUAAAGACGAGAUCACAGAUGCAGCAAAGGGGAUGUUCCUUCUUGCCCGCCUUUAUCUCAAUUUAUUGACAGACCAACCAAAUGAAAAAGGUAUUCGAAAAGUCUUGACAAGUUUUCAAGGCGGUUCUAGAACAAAUAUAUACAAAGCCGCCUAUGAUCAAACCGUGAAGAGAAUGGAAAGUCAGAGCCCAGAUGCUUUAGAGCUUGCAAAGCGGACAAUCGGCUGGAUCACGAAUGCAAAACGGCCGCUCAAAGUUGAGGAACUCGAAGAAGCCCUCGCUAUCGAGAUCAAGUCCUCAGAUCUGGACGAGACAAACAUCACAGACAUUGAACAACUCACAUCGUAUUGCUGUGGCCUGGUCAUGGUCGAUGAGGCAACAAAGCACGUUAAACUCGUCCAUUAUACCACCCAGACAUACUUUGAAGGACUGUGGGAAACUUGGUGUCCAGAAAUCCAUCAAAUCAUCACCAAUAGUUGUCUCACCUAUGUGGCUUACGACAGUUUUGAAGAAGCCGCCUCCGAUUCCGUGAUUGAACUGGACACCUUACUUUCGAAUCGCCCGUUCUACAAGUACCCGGUUCAUUACUGGGGACAUCACUUUCGAGAACAUCCUGGAAACCACAGCAUGGCGCUCCAUUAUCUGAGGAAUAAGAACAAGGCGAAAGUCUUUGCUUUCUACUUCGAAAAGCUCGAAAAUCGCUUCAAGAUAUACCGGGACUCCCUUCGCAACAUUUCCGAAUCCUCCAUCACAGUUGAGAUGUCGGGUAUUCAUCUCGCCAGCCGGUUUGGCCUGAGUGAUUUAGUCAGAGACCUCCUUGACGAGGACCCUAGCAACAUUGACGUUCGAGAUUAUUCAGGAAGAGAUGCUCUCCAUAUAGCUCUUUCCCAUGAUCACGAGAAAGUGGUCAAUAUCCUACUGGACCGGGGCGCCAACAUUGAAUCUCGCGACAAAUUGAACCACACUCCGAUGCACAGAGCUUGCGAGAUUGGCAAUGACCGCAUUGUGAUCACUCUGCUGGAAUCCGGAGCAUCUGUCACGCAUUGGGCUAUUCCUGGCUUAACGCCAUUGCACUUCGCAGCAGGCGCUGGCCAUGAGACGACAGUCAAGCUACUUCUCGAGAACGGGGCUGAUAUAGACUUCCCAGGCGGGUGUUUUGAGACGCCAUUAUUUCAGGCUGCUCGAAAAGGUCAUGAAUCAAUGGUUCAACUGCUUCUCGAGCAUGGAGCGUAUGUCAAUUAUAAACAUUAUACCGGAGCAACCCCUCUACACGCCGCCAUAACCGAUGCUAUAAGACCUGUCCCAGAUGUUGUGCGUUUGCUGGUGAAGAAUGGGGCGAGCAUUAAGAUCCAGGCUAGCAAGGAGGCGGACCUGGGUCAGAAUCUUUUACACCUGGCCAUCAGGAAGCGUCAGAACGAGGUUGCUGAAUAUCUCAUGUCUCUUGGUCUGAAAUUCGAUUCUCUAGACAGAGCUGACAGGACCCCGCUCCAUAUAGCCGUCAUGAAAGGCAACGAAGCAGGCGCGGAGCUGCUACUAAGGAAAGCGCAGCUGGUCUUUCCUGAUGGGUCGUAUGUCAAUUUCAAAGAUGGAAACGGUGACACGCCACUUAACCUCGCUAUAUGGCAUGACUAUAAUCAUACUUUGGAAAUCACCGAAUUGCUCGUGAAGAAUGGAGCGGACGUCAAUACUGAGAAUUAUUGGGGAAACACCCCUUUAGCUGGCGCCAUUAUCCGUUGGGCAGUUGAUGUUACCCGAGUCCUCCUCGAGAAUGGAGCUGAUCCCAAUUUGCCAGAUAAUAAUCCCAAGGAGCCUGAUAUGCUGUAUCUCCCCUUUGGUCUAGGCCCGCAUGAUCACGAAUUUAUUCCAAGUCAUUUUUUCACACAUGCCUUCCCUUGUUGGCGAUUGCAAUGCCGCAGGCCAUUGCAAUGGGCGAUCUCACAGGGUCAUGAAGAUAUUGCGAAACUGCUACUUGAAUCUGGAGCAGAUCCGAACAUUCCUGAUAUUUUUGGGAGGACUGCUUUACAUACUGCUGUCUGCAGUGGUCAAAUAGAGAUGGUCCGAAUGUUGCUGACCUUCCCUGGCAUUGAUGAAUCUCACGUUGAUAAUUGGGGUCUCACGGCAUUUGUUGAGUCCCAGAGACGCCAAAAUGAUGAGAUAUCCAUGUUCUUUGAGAAUACAGAAGUGCCUGAUCCGCCAUCAGAGGAGUAUAAUUCUGAUGUGGAGGAGAUCGAUUGGCAUGUUUCACCUCACAUAUGCUAUGUCUGCUUGAAAAAAGUUGAUGACUCCAAGGAACGAUAUUUCCUAUGCCGCAACCUCGCAUUUUGCGAGUUCUGUUCACCUCUGGAAAUGGAAAUGGAUGAACGACGCUGUCCAGCGUGUGGGGACUGUCUGGUCGAAGGGAAACUCCACCAAGAAUCAGAUGAUUCGGAUUAUUAA